UGAAGAUCAAGAGCUGUGAAGAUGAGCUGCAAGCGGGCAAUUGGAGUGAUUAGCUGUCAGUAAGAGUAAUUGAUCUUCAGAGUCAUUGCAUGCAAUGCCAAGAUGCGGGCUAUCAUGAACCCGCUGAGUCUCAUUCUUACAACCUCCAAUUCCCUCUUCACGUCCAAAAAUAACGACGCCGGCACCCAUGUCAUCAGCGCUAUCCCUAAUUCUGCCACGCCGAAUUCUCCUCCGUGUAUCUCCAGCGGAGACCGGCGGGUGUUACUAGUGACUCACCCCUACCGCUCAGUCGCUUUUGAGCCUCGCCAAAUCGAGGGAUGUGAUUAGCAAUCUGUAAGAUUCGGUGUGUUUAGAUGCAGGGAGGAGUCAUCGUGGUGGGCUUCGCGGUUUGUUUAAAGAUCAAGGUGAUCGCCGGUUUUUUGGAAGUUGGUGAUACCUUCAAACUACACUCUACAAAACAAUACUACAACAAUACAAUCUUAUCAAGAUUUUUCACAAAACUUUUGGAUACCUUCUCCACAUUUCUACACUCUCUAUUGACUUUCCAUCAUCAUCAUUAUCAUCAUCAU